AUGAAAGUGAACAACACUGAAAGAACUUCUGCCAAUAACACCGUAGAAAUUGCAAAUACAUUCAACACGUAUUUCGCCUCUAUCUUUACGCAUGACUCCGAUAUUGAUCACCAACGACAACAAGAACAUACGGAAACUGACACCACAUCGGAAGACAUAACAUUAACAAACGCUGAAGUGAUGGCUGUGUUGAGAAAUUUGGAUAACAACAAAGCUCACGGCCCCGAUGCAGUUCCUGCGCGACUACUGACAGAAACUGCGUUCCAGAUCGCUCCUUCACUUUGCGCACUCUUCAACAAAUCAUUACGCUGUGGCAUUCUUCCUGAUGAUUGGAAAUUAGCUAAUGUCGUACCUGUGCAUAAGCGAGGUGAGAAAUCCUACGUAGAGAACUAUCGACCAAUCGCAUUGCUUUCACUUAUCUCUAAAGUACUCGAACGUUGCGUCUUUAAUAACAUCAAACAUCAAGUAUUCCAACAAAUCAACCCUUGUCAACACGGAUUUGUGCCAGGAAAUCGUGCGUAA